CAUGAAUGACAUCAUAAAUUUAUGGCAAAACAACAGGCCGUAGUCCGCUCAUCUGGGUGGGCAAAAUGCAACUGGCCGGGAUCAGAGGCAGGUCGAGACAUCUACUGACAACAGCUAAGGGUUUAUAAUUAGCCAACGGCAUGGGGCGGUUUAAAAACCCCAGGGAUCCACGAAGGGGCGCCCUUGAAAGCUGUACGAGCACCUGGCACUGUGCCCUUGGAACAGUUAGUCUUGUAGCUAAAGUUUGUAAGUGUUAACUCCAUCUGAUCACCCUGCGCCCUGUGGAACCGCUCCUGCCCUUGGACCUGCUUAUAGCCAUAAGGGAAAAUGCGCCACUAGGGCAAUAUCAAUUGACCAACUAGAUGGCGAACAUGGCAGUCGAGGAAUUAGAGAGCAAAAUUGUCCAACUGUUCGUAGAGAACCCCCUCCUGCGCUACGGUGCUGUUGGUCUGUGCGCCAUCUACCUGAUCUUUGGCUGGGGCGCCCAACUACUGUGCAACAUCAUUGGGGUUCUGUACCCUGCAUAUAUUUCCAUCCAUGCCAUCGAGUCCAGCACAAAGCAGGACGACACCAAGUGGCUGAUCUACUGGGUCACGUUUGGAAUCUUCACCGUGAUUGAAUUCUUUUCGAGUCUGCUAACUUCGGUGAUUCCCUUUUACUGGCUGCUGAAGUGUGCUUUCCUCAUCUGGUGCAUGCUGCCCACGGAACAGAAUGGUUCUACCAUCAUCUACAACAAGCUGGUGCGACCCUACUUCCUGAAACAUCACGAAUCCGUUGACAGGAUCAUCGAUGAUGGCAUGAAGAAAGCCGCUGGAGUGCUGAAGCAUGACUAGAAGGCGAAUGUACCGUAGCUCCGACCGCUUCUCGCUUAUCCAUGCAUUUGGUUUUGGGCCUGGUCACCAACCUCACCUCGUAUUGGUUACGUUUUGCAAUAAAUUUUAAUUCUGUAUUCAUUUUGUUGUUGAUAAGAGCACCAGUGUUCGCUGAACCAGAAGAAAUCUCCGUUUGUUAAACGUAAAAACG